AUGCCGACACUUGGUGGUGACAGAGACGGCAGCACUGUGGACGGCAGCACCGUGGACGGCAGUACCGUGGACGGCAGCACCGUGGACGGCAGGACUGUGGACGGCAGCACCGUGGACGGCAGGACCGUGGACGGCAGGACCGUGGACGGCAGGACCGUGGACGGCAGCACCGUGGACGGCAGCACCGUGGACGGCAGGACCGUGGACGGCAGCACCGUGGACGGCAGCACUGUGGACGGCAGCACCGUGGACGGUAGCACCGUGGACGGCAGCACUGUGGACGGCAGCACCGUGGACGGCAGGACCGUGGACGGCAGCACCGUGGACGGCAGCACUGUGGACGGCAGCACCGUGGACGGUAGCACCGUGGACGGCAGCACCGUGGACGGCAGCACCGUGGACGGCAGCACCGUGGACGGCAGCACCGUGGACGGCAGUACCGUGGACGGCAGCACUGUGGACGGCAGCACCGUGGACGGCAGGACCGUGGACGGCAGCACCGUGGACGGCAGCACCGUGGACGGCAGCACCGUGGACGGCAGCACCGUGGACGGCAGCACCGUGGACGGCAGGACCGUGGACGGCAGCACCGUGGACGGCAGCACCGUGGACGGCAGCACCGUGGACGGCAGCACCGUGGACGGUAGCACCGUGGACGGCAGCACCGUGGACGGCAGCACCGUGGACGGCAGGACCGUGGACGGCAGGACCGUGGACGGCAGCACCGUGGACGGCAGCACCGUGGACGGCAGCACUGUGGACGGCAGCACCGUGGACGGCAGCACCGUGGACGGCAGGACCGUGGACGGCAGCACCGUGGACGGCAGCACCGUGGACGGCAGGACCGUGGACGGCAGCACCGUGGACGGCAGCACCGUGGACGGCAGGACCGUGGACGGCAGCACUGUGGACGGCAGCACUGUGGACGGCAGCACUGUGGACGGCAGCACCGUGGACGGCAGCACUGUGGACGGCAGCACCGUGGACGGCAGCACUGUGGACGGCAGCACCGUGGACGGCAGCACCGUGGACGGCAGGACCGUGGACGGCAGCACCGUGGACGGCAGGAGACGAGGGGCGCUGUGA